UUACAUCCAAAGCAAACAUUUUCAUCCAUUCAUAGUCAUAUCUUUCCUUCUCGUUUAGCGAUAUUUCCAUCAUUGAAUCAUGACAUCACCAAACGAACCUAUAGCCGUUAUUGGCACAGGCUGUCGCUUCCCAGGAGGUGCCUCCUCACCCUCUAAACUAUGGAACCUUCUCCAUCACCCAUAUGAUCUCACCCAAAAGGUUCCAUCCUCACGGUUCAACAUUAAAGCCUUUUAUCACCCAGAUGGUGAACAUCAUGGAACCACUAACGCAAGCAAAUCCUAUUUCCUUAAUGAAGACCCCACCACAUUUGAUGCUUCAUUCUUCAGUAUUAAUCCACGAGAAGCAGAGGCACUUGAUCCACAACAACGGUUGCUUCUGGAGACUGUGUAUGAGGCUGUUGAAGCUGCUGGCUUAUCAAUCGAAGAACUGCAAGGCACUUCUACCGCAGUAUAUGUUGGACUUAUGUGCGCAGACUAUUUUGAUGUUUUGAUGCGAGAUAUUGAAGACAUUCCACAAUAUUUAGCAACAGGAACAGCACGCAGUAUAAUGUCAAAUAGGAUUUCCUAUUUUUUUGACUGGAAAGGACCUUCAAUGACAAUCGACACUGCGUGUUCGUCAAGUUUAGUUGCAGUCCAUAAUGCAAUUGCAACGCUUAGAAGUGGACAAAGUCGAACUGCCGUAGCCGCAGGCGCGAAUCUAAUUUUUGGCCCAGAAAUGUAUAUUGGAGAGUCGAACCUUCACAUGCUUUCACCAACAGGAAAAUCUCAAAUGUGGGAUUCGAAAGCUGAUGGGUACGCACGUGGAGAGGGAACUGCGGCGAUCAUUCUGAAGACUUUGAAGAAUGCUUUGGAGGAUGGUGACGAUAUUGAGUAUAUAAUUCGUGAGGUUUAUAAUUUUGUAUCCAUCCUUCAUUUCUAACUGGCUAAUCCGUCGUUUAGACUGGUGUAAAUUCGGAUGGUAGGUCGAAAGGUAUCACCAUGCCACUUGCUGCAAGUCAAGCAGAUUUGAUUCGUGAGACGUAUGCUCGAGCUGGACUCGAUUGUACCAAGCGAUCAGAUCGGUGCCAGUAUUUUGUAAGUGUCAUAUUCGAAAAGCAGUUUGGUUAUCUUGCUGAUAAUACCCACAGGAAGCUCACGGUACUGGAACGCCGGCAGGUGACCCAGUUGAAGCCGAAGCUAUUAACAGUGCCUUUUUCCCACAAAAAUCGAAAGAUUCCAGUGGGGAAGUACUUCAUGUUGGCUCUAUUAAAACGGUAGUUGGCCACUUGGAAGGUGCUGCAGGACUGGCAGGUAUAGUAAAAGCUGGAUUGGCAAUCAAGGAGAAAACCAUACCGCCUAACUUGCAUUUCCAGAACCUAAAUCCAGAUAUUGAGCCUUUUUAUGGAAGCUUAAAAGUCCCUACCGCUCCGUUGCCAUGGCCCGUUGUUGAGGGACCUCUUCGCGCCAGUGUUAAUUCAUUUGGUUUUGGCGGUACCAACGCACAUGCUAUUCUGGAAAGUUACGAACCGUCUCCUCCGUCACCAGGCUUGGAAUCAACAGCAGUAAUUCCUUUCACCAUAUCUGCUAUUUCCGAAGAUUCCUUAAUUCAAAACAUUACAAACUUCAGCGAUUAUAUCGGAGAUCAUGAAGAAGUCGAUUUAAUAGACCUAGGAUAUUCCUUACUAGGUCGAAGUAGCUUCCCCACCAAAGCUACAUUCGUAGCUUCAAACACCGAUGACCUGUUAGAUCAACUAGAGAAAGUAAUAGUCGCCAAAGAGGAAAAUCCCAACCUAGCUGUGGGUAUUCGGUCCUCGAACGUAAAUAGAAAAUCAUCGAGGAAGAUCCUUGGUGUUUUCACGGGUCAAGGUGCACAGUGGCCUGAAAUGGGAAAGCAAUUAAUCGCCAAUAUAAAUUCAUUCUCUCAGACAAUUGACGUCCUCGAGGAAUCUCUCCGUGGACUUCCCGAUGCUCCAAAAUGGUCGUUGAAAGAGGAAAUCAUGGCACCAGCCGGCAAAUCUUCUAUCGAGAAAGCAGAGUUCUCGCAACCUCUUUGCACAGCACUGCAAGUUGCUCUUGUAGAUUUGUUGAAGCUAAUUGGUGUCACAUUCCAUGCUGUGGUUGGACAUUCAUCGGGAGAAAUUGGUGCUGCGUACGCAGCAGGCAGACUUACCGCCAGCGACGCAAUUCGUAUCGCUUACUAUCGUGGCCGUCAUGCACAUCUCGCAAAGGGCAAGAAUGGAGAGGAUGGUUCGAUGAUGGCAGCAGGACUGAGCUUCGACGAGGCUCAGGAGUUCUGCACUGGUGAAGAUUAUCAAGGCAAGAUUUCCAUUGCUGCUAGCAAUGCGCUCAAGACAGUCACUCUUAGUGGUAACAAAGAUGUGAUUGAGAAGGCGAAAAUCGUGCUUGAUGACAGGGGAGUCUUUGCUCGAAUCCUCAAGGUCGAUACUGCGUAUCAUUCCGAUCAUAUGUUACCAUGCUCAGAACCGUACACGGCAUCUCUGAGUGCCUGUAAGAUAUCUCCUAAGCCCAGCUCACCAGAUUGCACGUGGAUUUCGAGUGUACAUUUGAAGAACAUGCUCAAUGACUCUUCUGAACUCGAGGCACAAUACUGGCUGGACAAUCUCGUCUCACCUGUCAGAUUCUUUGAAGCUGUCAGCAUAGCAGCAAAAGAUUUUGGGCCCUUCGAUGCUGGAUUUGAAGUAGGACCGCACCCAGCACUGAAAGGACCAGUGGCACAAACAUUCAAACAUGCUGUCAAUGCGGUUGUGCCAUAUGCUGGGGCAAUAUCUCGCGGAGAAAAUGAUUCCACCGCAUUUGCUAAUGCAGUAGGAUUCCUGUGGAACCACAUCGAUGAGAGAAAAGCAAGUUUCAAGAAAUACCUUGAUGUCAUCACCGGUGGCGAGGUGACAACUCCCAGAGUUUUGAAGGGUUUACCAUCCUAUUCAUGGGACCACAGCCGCACCUUCUGGUCAGAGUCACGAAUUUCCCGCAACUACCGCAAUAGAGUUGAGCCACCUCACGAACUCUUAGGCGUUAGGUGCCCCGACGAUACGAAUGCGGAGUAUCGCUGGCGAAACAUACUAAAACUCGGCGAGUUACCGUGGGUGUCGGGUCAUAAAUUCCAGCGUCAAACUUUAGUACCUGCCGCAUUUUACUGCUCGAUGGCAUUGGAGUCUUCAAAGACGCUUGCCGAAGGAAAGCCAAUCCGUCUGGUUGAGCUUCAUGAAGUUGAUAUUGAAAAGGCCAUCAAUCUUGAGGAUAACAACGCCGCGGUCGAAGUUAUGUUCUCACUUAAGCCUACAUCCUCAAGUACCAGUGGUGGCGAUGAGAAGAUCUUCGCAGAUUUCUGGUGUACCGCUGCACCGCAUGGAAAGCCGAUGUCUAUGAUAUUCUCUGGACGCAUCGAAAUGACGCUCGGAACACCAUCUCCCGAUGCGAUGUCUAUCCGCUCAAGUAUUAGGCCGGUGCUCGGCCCAUUGAAUGUCGAUCGAUUCUACGAUAGUUUGGCUAACGUUGGUCUUGAAUUUACGGGAAUUUUCCGAGGUAUUGAGAAGGGUCAACGCAGGAUGCAUAUUUCCUCGCUUGAAGGUAGAAGAUGCCUAUCUGAUACUGGAUUAUUGGUACAUCCGGCGUUUUUGGAUAUGACUUUGCAUGCGACAUUAGCAGCAUUUGCAAGUCCUGGUGAUGAGCACUUUUGGACACCACAUUUGCCAAGACGAAUUGCUAAGAUGAGCUUCAACAUUGCCCUUUGCGAAGCAGCGUUUCAGAAAGAGACAUUCUUAGCCGGAAUGGACGGAUAUAUCACCGAAGUUACACCAACCACCGCAAACGACGCAGCUACUUAUGUUGGUGAUGUUGAUGUGUUUGACCCAGCGUCUAACGAAAUUGAGAUUCAAAUCGAAGGAUUGCAAAUGCAAUCAUUCACAGCCGCAAGGCCCUCUCAAGAUCGUCAAUUAUAUCUGGAAACGAAAUGGAUGGCCGAUAUCUCAAAAUGCAUUAUUGCUGAAGCCGAUAUCGAAGAGGAUGAUCCAAAAGCACUUUACUUGAUAGAUUUGGGCGAAAGACUCUCUUAUGCCUAUAUGCGUCAUCUGAAAUCCGAGAUCAGGCCGGAAGAAGUUCCAGACCAUCACCGUCCUUUAUUCAACUGGAUCAACCACGUCACAGACCUUGUUUCCAAGGGAACACACCCUUCCAUAAAGCCAGAAUGGGACAACGAUGAUCUUCAAGAACUGAUAAGCUUGGCUGCCGAGUAUCCAGGAUGUGUUGAUCUCGAAUUGAUGCAAGCUGUGGGUAAUAAUCUCCCUGAUGUUGUACGCGGAACAACGACAAUGCUGGAACAUAUGUUGCCAAACGGACUCCUGGACAGACUUUACACUGAAGGUAUCGGAAUGGCCACUUCAAACAAAUUCGUCACAGCAGCGAUGAAAAAGAUUGGGCAUCGCUACCCCAGAAUGCGUGUCUUGGAAAUUGGAGCAGGGACUGGAGGUGCUACUAAAGGUAUAUUUACAGGAAUUGGAGAUGCAUUUGCUCAUUAUACAUUCACGGAUAUUUCAACUGGUUUUUUCAUGAAGGCUAGAGAAGUUUUCAGCGAGCAUGCAAGCCGCAUGACGUUUAGUCUACUCAACUGCGAGAAAGAUCCCUUGGAGCAGGGGUACGAAGCCCAUUCCUUCGAUGUCAUCGUUGCAUCAAAUGUUCUUCAUGCUACCCAAUUCCUUGAGAAGACCAUGAAGAACGUGCGAACACUGUUGAAACCCGGUGGUUACCUUUGUCUUUUAGAAUGUACUGGUCAUCUUGAACGUACCGGAUUCCUCAUGGCUGGUUUAUCUGGUUGGUGGCUCGGAGGUGCAGAUGGGCGACCAUACCGUCCUACUAUUUCUCCACCAGAAUGGGAUACAGUCUUGAAAAAGACUGGAUUUUCUGGUGUUGACGCAAUUGUCAAUGAUUUCAAGGAUAAAUCGCGUUACACAGUCUCCGUCAUUCUUACUCAAGCCCUCAGCGAUGAUGUUCAAAAGCUCCGAGAACCGCUCAAAUAUAUUCCAGAAUCUACAGGGAAAGACCUCAUUGUUAUUGGAGGAGCCACAGUCGCCACCAAGACACUUGUUGCGACUUUAGAAAAGGAAGUUCCUUCCUGGAAAACGCGCAAGACUACGGUUCUUGCCACCUGGGAAGAAGCAUCAAAGCUCACAAUUCCGUUUGGAGUCACAGUUUUGAGUAUUGCAGACCUUGACGAACCAGUCUUCAAAUCAAUGAAUGCAGAACGUCUAAAGGGUAUUCAGACCGUGAUCAAUUCGGCUGAAUCAGUUCUCUGGGUGACCACAGGAUGUAGAGCUGACGAGCCAUACGCCAACAUGGCAGUCGGAUUAGGACGAUCUAUCAUUUCUGAAAUGCCUCAUUUGAAUUUGCAAUUCUUGGAUGUUGACUCGAAGGAAAAUGCGGACAGGAUAAUCGGGGAAACACUUGUUAGACUUGAGGUUGCGACCAGCCUGUUAGACUCACGCAAAGAAAACUUGUUGUGGUCUAUUGAGCCAGAGAUGAUAUAUGAAAGCGGGGCCUUGUACCUCCCAAGAGUGAAGCCGAUUAAGAAACUCAAUGACGUGUUGAACUCUGCACGCCGUGUGAUCAAUGAAGAAGUUCCUCUGGUGUCAAAGAGAGUAGCAAUCACAGCUCCUUCUAGUAGCAAUUGCUUUAGCCUUGACGUCGAAGAGGCAGUCGUGGAUCAUCUGGGAAGCGAAAAUGAGUUGUUGGAAGUAUCCGUGUCCUUCUCAUCUUUGUAUGCCGCAAAUAUCGACGGUAGCUUCUUUUACAUUAGCCUAGGAAAGACGAAGUCCGGAUCGCCAGUCCUCGCUCUCUCCACGUCGAACCAGUCACUCAUCAAUGUUUCCAAGGACUCCGUUAUUCCAGCAGAUCGUGUUACUGCCGAGUACCUCGAAAAUGCCAUGGCUUACCUUUUGGCAAAACAAAUUUUGAACAAAUGUGACUCAGAAGUUGUGCUUCACGAGCCAAGCUUUGCCUUGAGGCAAGCCGCUGAAUCAAUAGCAAGAGCAAACGGCAAGUCCGUUUCAAGCAGCACAAGCACCAGAUUUUCUACUACGCCAACUCAGAAGUGCGUGAAACUUCAUCCGACCUUGUCUAAACGUGCCAUCCGAGAUUUGCUACCAGCCUCGAUUCAGUCAUUCGUUGAUAUUAGUGGCACUGGUAAAUACAUCAGAGAAGCACUACCAAAAUCCGUCAGCAUAGUUGAAAAUGUCGAUCUCUUAAGUCUCGAGCCAAUAAAGUCUCCAUCUUCUGGCACGCCAUCAACCAUCUUGGCUGAUGUUAAAUCUUAUGCAGAUUCCGUCGCCACGAAGGAAAUUGAAGUAGAUAUUUUGCUGGAUGCCGCGAGCGUGAGGAAUAGUGCAGUUUCUUCGUUCUCUCCACUUUCACUGGUAGACUGGCCCACAAAUAAAACUCUAGCUGUCGAUGUAAAACCCUUUGCCCAGAAAAAAAUAUUUGAUGGCAACAAGAGCUACUUAUUAGCAGGUUUGACUGGAGAUUUGGGACAAUCGAUCUGUAGAUGGAUGGUUCGAGCCGGGGCUAGAUAUAUCAUUGUUGGUAGUCGGUAAGUUUGAAUCCCUCAUGACAAACCGCUUGAGAGUAUACUGCGUUCACAACAAAAUACUGAUACCAGACAGAUCCGUUAAAUCAGGUACUCCUUGGCAGCAAGAAUUAGAGAGGAUGGGUGCCACGGUUCUCGUAUAUACCAUUGAUUUUACCGACAAAUCAGCAGUCACCAAACUGCGUGAAGAAGCCAGCAAGACGAUGCCCCCAAUCGCAGGAGUCUUGAACGGAUGUAUGGUCUUAGAUGACAAACCAUUCUCAGACAUGCCUUUCGAAACACUUGAGCGCGUCAUUCGUCCCAAAGUCCUCAGCACUAUCAACAUUGAUGCUGUAUUUGGGUUGGAGCUCGACUUCUUCGUCUUGUUCUCCAGUCUGGCUGCCGUGAACGGAAUUCCUGGACAAUCGAAUUAUGCCGCCGCAAAUAUGGUACGCAUUUAAUUUCCCGCUAGCCCUACUAUGGUAUUUGGCUAACUUGUUUAUAGUAUAUGGCCUCACUUGCAGAGCAACGUCGUAAACGUGGAGGUGUUGCUUCAGUCAUUCACAUUGGCAUGAUUCUCGGAGUCGGAUAUGUCGAACGCUCAGGUCGAUAUACUGAGUCUGCCUUGCGCACUUACAAUUACCUCCCCAUUCCUGAACAUGAGUUUCUCCAAGUAUUGUCCGAAGCCGUGCAAUCUGGACACCCUGCCAGCGAGCGUUGCCCUGAAAUUAUCAUUGGUAUGGUCGCACCUUCAACAGGAGAAGAGCGGGAUAAGCCUCGAUGGCACGCCAACCCACGGUUCGCAUUUGUUAUGAAUGAUGCCGUCAAGGAGGAAAGUGACACCCAAGGUGAAGUUGAGGUGCCGACCAAAGAACAGCUUUCGAAAGCGCAAACGAAGGAUGAGGUGUUAAGCAUCAUGCAGAAAUGCUUUGCGAAGCAAUUGGAACUCAUUCUGCAGGCAGAUCCGGGAUCGAUUGAUGAGCAUGCACCUUUGACGAAAUUGGGUAUUGAUUCCUUGAUUGCGGUCGAGAUUCGAAGUUGGUUCUUGAAAGAGGUGGGCGUGUCUUUGCCUGUUUUGAAGAUAUUAGGUGGUGCUACGGCAAAGGAUUUAUGCGAAUUGGCCACUGAGGAGUUCAAGAUUAAUGAAUAGGUGUUUGAGCCACUACUUGUGUAGUAUUUUCUUCGCUUUUUUGUGGAUACAAUGGACAAUAUAGUUCUUGCUGCUCCUAGAAAUUUAUAAAUGGAAUGAAGUAACCUUAUGCUAGUGUUGAUU